CAAUACCUGAAGGCAAUGUCGAGUCAGUCUGGAUUUUCAAACUCUGUUCCUCUACCAGGAUAUCCAUUCUACCAGGUGUCAUGCAGCCAUAAUCAGCAGACCACGUCAUUUAGACAUCCUGUGACAGGACAGGUCUCUCCAGAAAAUAUUGAAUUUAUUUUGCGAGAAGAACAGAAUUCAUCUAUGUCCAAGCAACAAAUAAACCAAAGACCUUCAAGCAUGGUCAGUGAAACGUCCACUGCGGUAACUACAUCUGCUGUUGAUACAAAACCUGGCUCUAAGGUUGUGAAGGCUGGAAGCAAAGUGCAUAGCUUUGGAAAGAGGGAACAAGCUAUCAGGAGGAAUCCCAAUGUUCCUGUUAUAGUAAGAGGCUGGCUACACAAACAGGAUAGCUCUGGAAUGCGAUUAUGGAAAAGGCGAUGGUUUGUGCUUGCUGAUUAUUGUUUGUUUUACUACAAAGACAGCAGAGAAGAGUCUGUUCUGGGGAGCAUACCCUUGCCUAGUUAUGUCAUAUCUCCAGUUGGACCUGAAGAUCGUAUAAAUCGCAAGUUUUCUUUUAAGGCUGUUCAUACAGGUAUGCGGGCAUAUAUUUAUAAUAAGAAUUCUGUUAUUGGCUCUCAGGCAGAGCAUUCAGGGAUGCGGACAUACUACUUCAGUGCUGAUACCCAAGAGGAUAUGAAUGGCUGGAUCCGGGCUAUGAACCAAGCUGCUCUUAUGCAAACACGCUCUUCACUGAAGAGAGAAACUGAAAAAGUGGAUCAGCAAGCUGUUCCCCAAGUCAAUCAUGUGGAUACCUGUAAAGAGUGUGUGAAGGGAGAGAUUACAGAUACAAAAGAAAGUUAUCAAAAAUCAGUUGAAAUGCUUGGAUAUGAUAAGCGUGAAGAGAUAAGAAGAGAAAAGGAGGAGGAGGAGCGUUAUAUUCACAGAAAAGGAACUCUGGAAACUAAAAAGGGAAAGGCCAAGCAUGCGUUAACAGAAGCUGAUUCAUUAUUUCCAGACUUAACGAAUGCAUCGAAGGCAUCGUGGUCCCAAGUAGCUCAACCUCAGCCAGCUGAGAAGAAUGGAACCCUUCCUAGUUCAUUAAGUGUGAGUGCUGGCCUAGUGGAGCAGAAUGGUACUGGCUCAUAUAAAAGAGGGUUUGUUCCCAGAGCAAAUCCAGAUAAGCAGUUUCAAAGAAAAAGUAACAUGGCUCAAGUGGAACACUGGGUAAAAGUCCAAAAAGGAGAUACAAAAAGCCUCACUUCUGAUCAGACUCUUACACGUCAGGGUCCCAAUCCUCCUUUUCCUGAAAACUAUCACACUUUGCCAAAGAAUACCAGGCAGCCUUCAGGGAGCUCACCACCACCAAACCGCAAUCUGCCGAGUGACUACAAAUAUGCACAAGAUCGUGUUAGCCACUUGAAGAUGUCCCAGGAGGAAAGGAAAGCAAAUAAGGAUGGAACUGUUUGGCAGCUGUAUGAGUGGCAGCAGAGGCAGCAAUUUAAACACGGCAGCCCCACUGCCCCACUUUAUGUAAGUUCUUCAGACUUUAUUGAUCGUGGUAAGUCAAAAAGUUCAUUAGAUGUUCCACGAUCAAUAUCUGUUCCACCCUCUCCAUCUGAUAUUCCUCCACCUGGACCUCCAAAAAACUUUCUCCCAAGGAGACCACAUACUCCUGCAGAAAGGCUUACAGUUAAACCAUCUGAUGAGAGACAGACUGUAGACGUUCCUUUUGCUGGAUCACCCAGGAAGAUACGAAAUCAUGCUGCAAAGAGCUCCACUCACCUGGACCGGCGCUCCAUGCCUGCCGUGGGCUACAUGACACACACCGUGAGCGCGCCCAGUUUGCACGGCAAGUCGGCUGAUGACACUUACAUCCAGUUGAAAAAGGAUCUGGAGUAUUUGGAUCUAAAGGUGACAGGACGUGACACAUUAAAAGAAAGAAGUACAAAACCUGUCAAGAUUGCAGAAAGUGAUAUUGAUGUGAAGCUAAGCAUUUUCUGUGAGCAGGACAGAGUUCUGCAGGACUUGGAGGACAAAAUAAGAGCCCUUAAGGAGAAUAAAGAUCAGCUGGAGUCUGUUUUGGAGGUUUUACACAGGCAGAUGGAUCAGUACAAAGACCAACCACAACAUGCAGAAAAAAUAUCUUACCAGCAGAGACUUUUGCAAGAGGAUCUUAUACGUAUUCGGGCUGAAAUAUCCAAAGUUUCAACGGAAAUGGAAAAUGCCUGGAAUGAGUAUCUGAAAUUAGAAAAGGAUGUGAGCCAACUGAAAAAAGCCUUACAGGAACAGAUGAACAGUUCAUUGCUAUCUCAGGAGAAAACACAAAUACAAAAAGACUUGUGGAGAAUUGAAGAUGUUACAGCUGGCUUGAGUGCAAAUAAAGCAAACUACAAAACCAUAGUAGACUCUAUUAAGAAUCCAGAGAGAAAAACAGUGCCUUCAUUUUCUCAGUCUUCAGUGCCUUCCUUACCAGCUUCCCUUGCAACUGCGGAGAGCAAACUUCCAGUUGCACAGAGCCCUCCACGCAGCCCGGUUAAAUCCCCUCUGGAGGUUAGGCUGUAUCCACAGCCUUAUUUCCAGACCAGAACACAGCACCAAGCACAGCAGCUGAAAAAAAUCGAGCCACCUCUUCAGUCACCAGUUAAGCUCAAGCCAAAGGUUGAAGAUGAAGCACCACCCAGACCUCCUCUCCCACAGCUGUACAGUCCUGAUGAUCAGCCACCAGCUGUUCCACCUCUCCCGAGAGAAGCCACUGUCAUCAGACACACAUCAGUGCGGGGCCUGAAACGUCAGUCAGAUGAGAGAAAGAGAGACAGAGAACUCGGACAGUAUGUAAAUGGAGAUUAUAGGGUGGAACUGCGUUCAUACAUGAGUGAACCAGAACUAGCAAUGAUAGGGGGUGACCUCAGCCAUCCUUCCAGUGCUUUAAUAAACCCUGACAGUGGAUACCAGACAUUACCUACCCGUGGUUUGUCUGGAUCAACUUCCAGAUUGCACCAGUCAUCUACCAUUUCAUCGUUUGCAACACUUCGAAGGGAUAGGUCCAAGGAGAGACCAAAGAGUGCCUUGGAACGUUUAUACUCUGGAGACCACCAAAGAGGCAAGAUGAGUGCAGAGGAACAACUAGAAAGAAUGAAGCGACAUCAGAAGGCAUUAGUUCGUGAACGCAAGAGGACUCUUAGCCAAGGAGAAAGGCAGUCUGUUUCAUCUCGGUCUUUCAUCAGGCCCGUUUCUGCAGACGUAGGCUCAUGGAAACGAGAGCAAGAAUUUGAUUUGCAGUUACUUGAGAGGGCAAUUCGUGGAGAAGAGAAGGAUGAAAAUGAAUGGUUAAAAGUUCAGCCUGUAGCAGUGACAGAGACAGACCUGGAGCCUCAAGACUAUGAUUUAGAUAUCAGCAGAGAGCUGUCAAAACCCGAGAAGGUUGUAAUUCCAGAACGUUAUGUUGAACUAGAGCCAGAAGAGCCUCUUUCUACAGAAGAACUGGCAGCAAGGCAGCGUAAAGCAGAAAAGAUAAAGAAUAUUCUUACUAAAUCAAGUAUGCACAAUCUACAGCCUACUGUAGCCCAGGACAAACACAACUCGAUUGAUUUAGAUUCACAGCUGCAAGAGCAGGAGCGCAUCAUUACCAUAUCAUACGCUUUGGCUUCUGAAGCCUCUCAGAGGAGCAAGGAGGUAGCAGCUCAGCAGUUGACCUAUCCACCUAAAGCACCCUCACCUUCUGUACCACAGCCACCUCACUCCCCCUUAAGCAAUGGAUUUCACUACACAUUUGUUUAAACACCUUAAAAGUAAGAACUAACUGCUCUCGGCAUGUCUGAUUUGCCAUUGUGCCUGUGCUGUGGCUUGCUAAAUUUUAACAUCUUUACUAAACCGAAAUUGGAUCCAAAUGGAAGCAUGCAGCUAUUUUUUCUGAAACCUUUCAUUCCUGUAAAUAUUGCUUCUAAUGAGCUAACACGUGGGCUUCUGAAGUCUUCAGGUAACUCCUGUCGCUCUACAGAUAAGGUGCUUCCACAAUCUCACUGUGGUGAAGGAAGGAGACAUCUGUACUCUUGGUAGCAAGGGGCCAGAUUUUCAGCAGCCGCUUGUACUCCGGUGGCCACUGCUGGGUACUCCGGUGGCCACUGGUGGGCUGCACAGGUGGUUUUGCCUGUGUGUGGUGUAUAAAGUUGCUGCUCAAGAGAAUCCAAAGAGCACAGUUGUAUGAGCAGGGGGCUCGUUGUUGGGCUGAUUACCUUACACAUGAGCUGGCAUCGGAGUCCUGACUGAGGUGAGCUGAAAAUUUGGCCCUUUAUGACUAAGUCUGUAAUCUUUUGUCUGGCUACGAUCGUGCCUUUGAUGUGUUUUUCAUUGAAUCGUGUUAACAGAAGAUUAUUUUUUUCUCUGAUUAGGUUAUUUUGCCACUUCAAAUCUCGUUGUCCUUAUUAAGAAAUGUUCUUAUUUGUAUCUCUUCCUGGUAGGACUUGCAGAGUUUUCUGCAUUUGAAAUAGGAAAACACGUAAAUAUUACAUAUGACUGCUAAGUGUGUCCCUAGUUAACACACUUGCUACACCUCCAUAGUUUCCUUUGGUACUAUUCUCACCUUGCUGAUGUCUUUUGGCCUAAUUUUAUUGCCUGAAAUUGAAGAAAAAGUUAAAACACAGAUGAAAUAGUAAAGAGGGUUGAUUGAGUAACUCAAAUAGUGUUAAUCUUUAGAUACCUUUGUUUUAAUUGCCACUAAUCUGAGUCAAAUAUCCGUGCAAAAAAUAAAAAUCUAAAUGGAAAUGGCCACAUACCAGAAAGUCCUUCUACAAGACCUGUGAAAAAUGACAAAUUUACAUCAAGAGAGAUGUAUAGACAUUAAGAGCCUCUACAGACCUUGAUGGAAAGGACUGUUUGCUUUUCUGGUUCAGUUUAUCUUUCUGAGAACCAGAUUCUACCAUCUUUGCUGUGUCUGAAGAACACUUGAUUCUUCUAUAUCCAGGGGUAUGCUAGCUGAUUUUUGCUAUCAUGUAAGAUCUUUGCAUGUGAAGAGGUCUCUACCCAUGUGUGGUCUAAAGAACCCAGAAAAAUAAUUGUACUGUGCCAGAGUAUUAGAUAUAAAAAGGUACCUUUUCUUGAGAAAAAUAAACUAAUUGUGAUAACCAGCACCAUAUGGGGGCACAGGCAUUUGAGCAUCGGUGGCAUCGUGAGAUAAUUGUUAAUUUAAUGUGUCUGAAUGAAUUGUUUAUUCUGCCAAACUUUAAAACAGGCUUUAAAAAAAAAUAUUUCCAGAAAUUGCUUGCUGCUUGGCAUUGGUUUACUUGUUUCAGUAUUUAACCAUGUUU